AUGACCACCCCAGUAACAACAACACCAUUGUCCGAAGCAUCAACGGCUACAAAUGCAGUGAAUCGGUCAAAACGCGUUCUACCUCUAUCCCCAGAUACAACCCGCGAGUCCGAGAAUCGUCGGAAAGCUUCCAAGGUUAGCCGAGCUUGUGAUCACUGUAAACUCAAGAAGCUCAAAUGCUCUGGAACUCUCCCUUGCGAAGGCUGUGUGAAGAGACGGCUGGACUGUCAAUAUGACUCUCUUUAUCGAAGAGGAAGGCCACCGACGCCGCCGACCGUCGGACCACAGCGAGGAUCUAUGAGUUCUGUACCUCCCGAUACCAAUCCUGAACAGACAAGUUCAAGAUCUACAUCACAAGGAGACUCUGGCCUUGAAACAGCAGAGAUUGAGGGUCAAUUCUUUGAUCCGACGUCGAAUUUGACUUUUGUGCAUCGUGCGUGGAAGAGAUUAGCACAGCAGACGCAGCAAACAGAGUCGAGACCUGGAGUAUUAACAGGUGCGGAAAACCUACAGCCUCUUAUGUCUGCGGGUGAUAAGCCCUUUACCACAAGGGGGGACUCGAGCUUGAUGUUUGUCAAUCAGCCAGAAGCUUUUGAGCUGUUCAACUACUAUUUCGAGAACUGUGUUGUUACAUACCGUGUUCUGAACAGACAAUACUGUCAGGUAUGGUUUGAAGCUGUAAUCAACAAUGUUCACAACGGACAGCCGUUGGACACAGGCAUUGGCCAUGCAAAAGCCGCGAUAGUGGUUAAUAUUCUUGCCAUUGCGAGUUUUCGACAGCACAGAAUCACGGAACAGGCUUCACUUCCGGGUGGCAUGUCUAUAAUGUCGCAGCAGAGCGAGCAGUACUUUCUCCAAGCAUCUGAGCUCACUGCCCAAGAGACUGGCCUACCUCGACUUGAAUCAGCCCAGGCGCGAGUUUUACAGGUUCUUUAUCUCUUACAGACGUCUCGGAUGAACCAAGCUUGGUAUGUCUUUGGAAAUACUGUGCCUAUUGUUACGGCGCUUGGCCUGCAUCGGAAGUCAACGCAAUAUCGAAAUGGAGGCCGACAGCCCACGGAUUACAUCCUCUCCGAGUGCCGGAAGAGAACGUUCUGGGUUCUGUAUACCAUUGAUAAGUAUCUGGCUGUCGUGUUCGGUAGACCGAGAUUUUAUCAUGAUAACGAUGUCGACCAGGAGCUCCCUGAUAGUGUCAACGAUGAGGAUAUGACACCACAAGGACCGUCACCCCUGGAGCCUGCCAUGGACUGCCAUGUUGACUCAUUAAUCUUUCACGCGAGGUAG